AGCCAAAUAAAAGCAACUGAGCAGAGAAGCUCUCAGUGUGUGUGAAGUGCAGCGGCGAAAAGCGAGCCCGGACAAAUCCCCGCCGUAGCCGACGCCGCGUCGAAGGACUUUCUCUCUCAUCCUCCCAACCGUUUUUUUGGUCACAGGCGAAGAUCAGUGAAUUGACGGCGACGGCGGUUGCGGUUACUUUCAGCUGGAGAGUGAUGAAGUACUAGAGAUUCUUCGUGUUCAAUACUUCAAGAUCUACAUUCAUGACUGUUGAUCAUCUCUCCCAGUUGUUUAGCACUGCAUGUUUAUGAAAGUUACUUGAGUUUUGAUUCAGAAGAUUUUUUUUGGGAGAAAUCUGAUAUUCAGAUAAUUGCUUGAUUGGAGUGAAAAUGGCUUCAUGGGAGAAUUUGGGGGACCUAGCAACUGUUGCCCAGUUGACUGGGAUUGAUGCUAUGAAGCUAAUUGGGAUGAUAGUGAAGGCGGCAAGCACAGCCAAGAUGCACAAGAAGAAUUGUAGGCAGUUUGCACAGCAUCUGAAGUUAAUUGGCAAUUUGUUGGAGCAGCUAAAGAUAACUGAGCUUAAGAAGUAUCCAGAAACAAGGGAGCCAUUAGAACUGCUUGAGGAUGCACUGAGAAGGUCCUAUAUUCUGGUUAACAGUUGCCAAGACAGGAGCUAUCUUUAUCUGUUGGCUAUGGGAUGGAACAUUGUGUACCAGUUCAGAAGGGCUCAGAGUGAGAUAGACAGAUAUUUGAAGAUCAUCCCCCUCAUUACUCUUGUGGACAACACUAGAGUCAGGGAGAGAUUGGAAAUUAUUGAAAUGGAUCAACGAGAAUACACACUGGAUGAUGAAGACAGGAAGGUACAAGAAGUCAUAAUGAAACCAGAACCCUCCACAGAUGAUACUGUUGUAUUGAAGAAAACGCUUUCUUGUACCUAUCCAACCGUGCCCAUCAAUGAGGCUAUUCGAAAAGAAAAUGAAAAACUACAGCUAGAGCUGCAACGUUCACAAGCUAAUUUAGAUGUAAAUCAGUGUGAAUUCAUUCAACAUCUUCUUGAUGUCACAGAAGUUGUUGCUGCUACUUCUCUUCCGGACAAGAGUUUACCUGCCAAACCUCUCAAGGUGGAGCAUGGUUAUUCAGAUGCUGAUAGUGAUAAGCAAAAUUAUGAUCAAAGCUAUGGAAAUAAUGAUGAAAAAUGGUCAACUUCAAGAAACACUUCUUCAGUUUCAUCCAAACACGACUUGAUUUCUUCUAAGGGCUCACAUCGAUAUGAAGAAUGGCAUUCAGAUCUUUUGGGCUGUUGUUCAGAACCUCUUCUGUGCAUAAAAACCUUACUAUUUCCUUGUGGGACAUUUUCAAGAAUUGCAACUGCAGCAACCAACAGGCAUAUAUCUUCAGCUGAAGCUUGUAAUGAAUUAAUGGCAUACUCCUUAAUAUUGUCCUGCUGCUGUUACACAUGUUGCAUCAGAAGGAAGCUGCGGAAAAAGCUAAGCAUCCCGGGAGGGUUCAUUGACGAUUUCCUGUCUCACUUGAUGUGCUGUUGCUGUGCCCUGGUCCAGGAAUGGCGUGAAAUUGAGAUUCGUGGAAUUGACGGUACACACAAGACAAAAACAAGCCCUCCAUCCACCCAAUUCAUGGAAUCGUAGAAAGUAUGGCUGAUAUUUCAGGAUUUAGCAUACUAAUAUUAAAACUAGAGAGAUAAUAGCUAGGUGUCAUGGAUACAUAUGGAUUGUUCUUUUAUUCAAGCCUACCUCUCUGUAAAGUACCUUUUACCCCUUAUCAAGAUUGAACUUCAUGUAAAUAUGAUACCAUUGUCUCUUUCGAGUGAACAUUAAUGAUUGAUUUAAUUGGUUUCACUCUUCAA